AUGUACGUCAUUUUUGACGUCACUGGUGAAGCAGACGUGCUUGGUGUAUUGGAAAGAGCGAACAAAAUUGGAGCCUCCAUUGGUACCACCUUUAUUGGAUGUCCUACAGUUGCUGACGACAUAGCCUUCAUAUCGCAUAACCCAUCGGACCUACAACAAGCGCUACAUAUCGUUCACAAUGAAACCAAGCGAGAUAAAGUCACCAUCAACUCUUCUAAAAGCGACGUUAUAAUAAUAAACGCGCACAAGAACAGACCAACCCAGACCUGGACUUUGGGUGACAAGGAGAUAGAAGAAGUGGAAACGACAAAACAUGUUGGAUUGAUAAGAUCAUCAAAUGGCAAAAACGACAUCCAAAGUAGAAUCCAACUGGGCAGAAGAACGAUGUAUGCACUACUUGGGGCAGGACUGCAUGGAAAAAAUGGUAUCAAUCCUAAAGUCUCUUAUAAGAUCUACACCACAUUCUGCAGACCAAGAAUGACAUAUGGAUUAGAGGCUGUCAUACUAUCUAGUAGCGAAGAACAAGAACUGCUCUUUUAUGAGAGAAAGUUACUGAAACAGAUCCAAGGGCUAUCAGUAAAAACACCUAUCGUUGCUGUGUACUCACUCCUGGGGGCUAUACCAAUUACUGUAUGCAUAGAGAAAAAUACACUAACAGCAUUCUACAAGAUCAUUAAGAAUCAAGAAUGUGCAGAAUAUGAAGUAGCCAGACGUCAACUUGCGCUAAAAGAUCAGAACAGUAAUAGCUGGUUCACACAUGUAAGGAAACUCCUACAGAAAUACCACCUGCCUACUGCCUACGAACUAAUGGAAACACCACCCUCUACAGGAAAAUGGAAAACCAUGAUAGACCAGGCUAUACAGGAACACCAAACAACCCAAUGGCAGAAUGAAUCCAACAGAGCUAAGUUCAACCAGCACACAGUCUCUUCAACCUGUCUUCUAUGCAAUGCCGCCAGUGAGGAUAGAGAACACCUUAUUCUGCACUGCUCCACAUACCAAGCCAUCCGAGAUAAACAUCUAGAUGCACUAUACCAACUACUAGUCCAGCACUAUAACCCUCAGACCGUCAGUAAGAUUAUGUGCAAUUCGACUAACCUUUUACAGUGUCUGCUAGACAGUUCUAAGACUGAGAUCUUGGACAUUCUUGGAAAAAACAGUGUGAUAACAAUGAAACAUUCAUUAUACAAGAAUAUAAAUUCCACUUUAAUCAUUCUCAGUACUGAAGGCAUACAACACAUAUCAGAGUCGGUGUUUGUGGGUCUGUGUCAUAUAGUGGGGACCUCACAAGUGGUGGCCAUGAGGAGAGAUGUGGUGGACACCUGGGUGAUGGUAAAAAAUCAAGUGAACACAAGUGAUAAGGUCUGUAGGAUGCUGAGUGGAAGUCACAGAGAAGGAUUCCGACUGAAAGGAUCAGAUAUAGAUGAAAUGUACUGGCGAAAUGAUCAGCGUGUGAUCUGGGAAUUAUCUCAGUCUCAGUAUUACAACACACGCAGACAUGAACCGAUCCUCUGUGACUGUUCUGAUAGUCCACCAGGAUUCACUUUGUUAUAUUUACUGUCACCAAGCAUGUAUAUAGAAAUCCAGGAAGCAUGUGUUAGAAUGAAUAACAGAUAUUAUAUAUCUAGUUCUAAACACAGACAGAUAUUUUUAUCUGUGGUAUCAUUACCUUAUAAGCUCACUCCACAUGGACCCUGUGUCAGUGGAACAUUUGGAACACAAGAAUUUGAUCAAGCUUACUGCUUUGUCAGUGACUUUUGGCCUCCCUCUGCCUCCUCGUGGAUAGACAGAUGUCACUCAUGGCCCCCGCCUCAUGUUGUUGAUGAUAUAGUGAAAAAUGGAUGUCACUUUGUAGCAAUAGGACAUAAGCUAGGAAAUCAUGAAGAUCAUGAAUGGAGAAUUUCUUUCUCCCUAGCAGAGCAAAAACUUGUGUAUGUAAUGAAUCACUGUCAGUUCUUAACCUAUGGCUUACUUAAAUUGUUUUUAACAGAAAUAAUUAACAAUGAAGUAAGUGAUGAUAAAUUACUGUGUUCCUAUCACAUGAAGACGACAGUUUUCUGGGUGAUUCAACAAAAUACAAUACCUCACUGGUGUCCACAAACUCUUCUGGGGAGUUUCUGGGUCUGUUUUAAACUCAUCCUCAAAUGGGUAUAUGAGGGAGUUUGUCCUAACUUUUUCAUUCCAGGCAACAACAUGUUUCUGAGUAAAAUUCAUGGCAUCAAACAACAGCAAUUAUUUAGAAGACUGUCAGAGUUGUAUGAAAAGGGUUUAGCAUUCCUGCUACAUAGUCCCUCCAUUAGAUCUUUUAUUAUAGAUGUCCUCUAUAACCCCAGAAACUCCAUCUGUACAAAUGAUCAUACUCUAAUUUCUGAGUUUGAGUUUGAUAAAAAUGUAAUUGAAGAAAUACAACGUCAUUGCUUAAUACCAGCCAAACUGGACAUACAAAAGCUCUGCAUUAGAUAUUUACAUACAAUAGAACAGAUGAUAGGUUCACACCUCCUGACACAGUAUCAAGUCAUUAUGCUACAGAAGUUUACUGCUACCUUCCUUCAGUUCACUGCUUUUAAAUUACACAUGGAAACUUACACAUCUGACAACAAACUGAGGUAUAGAGUUGACAAAAUGUCCUGUCGCAUGCUGAAAUUAACAGCAAUGUUUGGUUGUAUCGCAGACAUGCUGUACAUAGCCAUGUAUUAUUACAAGACACUGAGAUACAUGGAAGCUUUAUCUAUAUUAGAGAUGAUCAAGGUCAAGUUAGCACAGCCAUAUGCGAUGUAUAUGGUGAUGUAUAUGGGUUAUGUAGAUACAGAGAUGUAUAUUAAGGUUGUAUGGGGACAGUCUACAAAGAUGAGACAGGCUGUAGCAGAGGUUCCCUGGUCUACUAAGAUCAGACAGGCAGGGAUUAUCAGACUUGACAAUGAAAUCCACUACAUCAGUGAACUGAUACCAGAACAACAGUCUACUCUACAGAACCACAGGUUUUCAUUAAUUGUACCACCCUGUAUCCUGUUAUACAUGCUUGAGAUUUUGUGCUACAGACAUGUAGACACAAUGAGAGCACAAACAGCUCUAGAUGAUCUACAGACCCUAGUUCACUAUGAUCAGGGACAGUUUAUACCUUUACAUCUCAGAGACAUAUCGUGGCAGAUUCUGGGGAUCUGUCAACAGGUGACAGGGAACCUCCAGGCUGCUCUAUACUCAUACCAACAAUCUCUCAGACAAAUACCAUACAACAACAUACAAACAGCUACAGAAAUGAGAAUACAGAGAAUUUACCAAUGGAUUUCCUUAAUGAAUUAAAUGUCAGAUGAUAUUUAUAGGAGUUCACCUGAUAGAGAUUUAUCAUUUACAUAUCCUCUUCUGAUUUCAUAUCUCCUUUUCUGUCUGUUUUAUUACAUGUAUUAUAAAGCUAAUACCGUAAUUUCGGGAUUAUAGGUCGAUGGGGUAUAUAGGUCGAAAGGCUCAUUUUCAGCCUUAAUUUUUGAAAAAUCCUAAGAUAGGUCGAACUUACUAAAUAGGACGAGGCUUUGUUUACUGUUUUCUUAAGAUUCUAACGCAGAUACAAUGUAUCAGAACAGGUAAACCCCUAAAAUUACUGGGGUUAUUCCGUGACAUGGACGUAUCAAGAAAAUA